CACGGCCGGGCCAUGGCGAUCGAGGGCGGCAUGAAGUGCGUGAAGUUCUUGGUUUUCUUCUUCAACUUCAUCUUCUGGGUGUGCGGCGUGGCCCUGGUCGCCAUCGGCAUCUACGCGCUCGUGGCGCUGGGCCGGGCCCCGGUGGGCGGCUCGGGCUGGAGCCCCGCGGCCGUCGUGGCCCUCGGCGUCGUCAUCUUCUUCACGGCCUUCUGGGGCUGCUGCGGGGCCUGGAGGGAGAGCUACUGCAUGGUCACCACGUUCGCCGUCCUGCUCAGCCUCAUCUUCCUGGUGGAGAUCGCCGCCGCCAUCACCGGUUACGUCUUCAGGCACAAGGUGCACGGGCUGGUGCAGGAGGGGCUCUGGGAGGCCGUGAGGAGCUACGAGCAGGACCCGUCCCUGGCCGCUGCCCUGGAUGGCUUCCAGCAGGAGUUUUCCUGCUGCGGCGUGAACAAUUUCACCGACUGGGCGGGCGUGGCGCCCUUCGGUGCCAACGACUCCGUGCCCGCCUCGUGCUGCCGCCGCCCCGGGCCCGGCUGCAACGUGCACCCGACCCCCAGCACCGUGUUCGCCGAGGGGUGCCUGCCCAGCCUCGAGGCCUGGGUCAAGAGGAACGUGCUGGUGCUGGCGGCCGUGGCGCUGGGCAUCGCCUUCUUCGAGGUCCUGGGCAUUCUCUUCUCCUGCUGCCUCAUGCGGGGGAUCCGCAGCGGCUACGAGGUCAUGUAGCCCCCGGUGUAGCCCCCUCCCCAAAUUCCUGCCCCCCCCCGGGGGUCCCGAGGGGGCUCCGGGGGUCCCAGCAGGGCCCAAGUGCCGCCCCCCCCCUUUGGGGGUCCUGGGGGGCUUUGGGGACCCCCGGGGUUUGCAAUAAAGAGGAAAAGCUUCUGGA